AUGGGUGGGAAUUAUUAUGCUUAUGUAAACGUCAUUCAAAAGAGAAAUGAUGCUGAUGGGAUACGGAUUAUCGCUAUCGAUGAAGUUUACACUGUCGAACUCCCUUUUCAAUUGGAACUGAUGUCCGAGGAACUCCAGGACGAUGUUCUGUUUUGGAAACACGAUGAGGUUUUAAUGGAAUUAUUAGACAGUCAUGUGGCAAUUUACACAUUCGGUUUAUUUCAGUGGUUUGGAUUAAGAGGUUUCGGGCUACUCUUAUGGAACAGGUCUCGUAUUCAUCGCAGCUAUUGCAAGACCGAGGAUACGAUAGAAACUUGGAUGACGGUGAGCUAUCGGGAAGUGGAAGCGGUAGAGGGAUGA